AAUAAGAGUGUGUGUGUUGUAAGACAUGGGAGACUCAAACAUCAGUCACUUGAUAGCAUCUUCUGCAGAUAUCCAGGAUGGCAACGUGGAGGGCAACUUGGAUCGUUAUAUGGAUUCCUAUGACUUGGACUACGGCAUCCCUCUUGAUGAGAUUCCAGACACAACAAAGGGCCAGACCUUCUUUGUGGUCACCAGUAUCCUUGGUAUUGUCCUAGUGUGUAUCAUGCUUGUGUGUGGUCUCGGGAACUUCAUAUUCAUUGCCACCCUGACACGCUACAAAAAACUCCGUAAUCUAACCAACCUGCUCAUUGCUAAUCUGGCUAUCUCAGACUUUAUUGUGGCAGUUGUUUGCUGUCCCUUUCUGGUGGACUACUAUGUGGUAAAACAGCUUUCGUGGGACCACGGACUGGUGUUGUGUGCCUCUGUGAACUACCUCCGUACUGUGUCGCUUUACGUGUCCACAAACGCGCUGCUGGCUAUUGCAUUUGACAGGUACAUGGCCAUCGUACAUCCUUUGAGGCCUCGCUUGAAGUUUCAGACAGCCUAUUUCCUAAUAAUUGGAGUCUGGAUAGUUCCCAUUUUGAUAUCAAUUCCUUCUGCCUAUUUUGCGUCUGUAACAACAUACCUUCAUGGUGAUACCACUCACAAAGUCUUCUGUGCCCAAAUAUGGCCUGUGGACUAUCAGACCUACUAUCGAUCCUACUUUCUGUUUGUUUUUGCUGUGGAGUUUGUUGGCCCCGUUGUUGUCAUGUCAUUGUGUUAUGCCUGCAUUUCCCGUGAACUGUUCAAAAAUGUCCCAGGGUUUCAGACUGAACAGAUAAGGAAGAGAUUACGUUGUCGUCGCAAAACUGUUGUGGUCCUCAUUGGAAUUUUAGCUGCGUACAUCCUGUGCUGGACACCGUACUAUGGCUUCACCAUCCUACGAGACUUCCAUCCAACAUUCAUCUCUCGUCAGAGACACUCCCUGGUGGCUUUCUACAUUGUUGAGUGCAUUGCGAUGAGCAACAGCAUGAUCAACACAUUCUGCUUUGUCAGCGUCAAGAAUAACACUGUGAAGUAUCUAAAGAAAAUUGUCCUGCUACGGUGGAGGUCAACUUAUGUCUCUGAUAAAAGUGCAGAAGAAAUGUACAUAAGAGCCUCCUCCAUGCCAGUAACUGAAGAGAUUGAAUGCAUCCACCUAAGCUGAUUAUAGUAAACUUUGAUGAUACAGUUAAGCAUUUGAUUGCUUUUAUACAAAUUCAAUGACGUUGCAUGUCAUUAUUCUGAGUUUUAACCUCAUAGUUCAGAAAAAGCUAAGUUCAAAACAGUCCCUUGGAGCAGCAGUGACUCAGCAGUGUAGUUUGUCGAUAUGAAAAUGCUUCCCACUUCAAAACAUUUUCUGGGUAAGAUAAUCUGCAUUGUAGUGUGAAUCUAGUGUCAAGAUGUUUAGUGGUCAGCAAGUAUAUGAAAAGGCACAAAUAACUACAUAGCACAAAAGGAAUAGCAAGCCCUUUGUUUGUAAACAAAAUAUUUAUAGAUCAAUAAGUUGUGUACAAAGAAUGUGGGUUGUGUUGUGAAGAGCUUUAAGUAAUGACAAGACAGGUCCAUAAGUGCAGUCCAUGUCUUUGGUUGGCAUGGAUUGUCAGCAAGUCAAAAUUUUAUCUAACAAUGAAAUUGUUUUAUUCAUUCUGUGGCUAUACAUUUAGCACUU